UGCAAUUUGUUUUUUUUUUUUUAAAUAGGAAUGCACAAUAAAAAUAUUAUGCCUAUUAGAUUUUAUUUCAUGUUGAUAUGAUACAAAAUGAGCCAGUAGCUUAAAGAAUAUAUUAUGUUAUAUUAUAAAGAAUUAAAGAUACUUACUGUACUUGCAUUGCGGCCAGUUUCCUCCACAGGUUUGAGGUUCCACCAUUUAAAAGCAAUUAUAGUAUAACAAGUUCAGAUAAGUUUAAAAUAUACGAUUACUAUAAAAUAUAUAAUAUACCUAUAAUCAUCCUAUAAUAGCAAUAAUUUUCGCUUAAUUUUUGUAUCAGUAAGCUAGUGCACAUUAUUCUAUUCACAAUAAUUUUAAAAUCAGUUUAUUCUUAAAUACACUAAGGUUAGUAGGAUGGACAAGGACGAGAAGAAACAAAGUGAAAUAAUGGUUUAUCCAUCUACGAAAGACAUUGUGAGACAAAUUAAGGAAAUGGUAUUCAAGAAAAUUCGUCCAGCUUUAGUGAGAAUUUCCAAUACAUUACACUCAUCUGAAAUUGUUGAAGAUCCAAGGAAUAAUAUUGAUAAAAUUUAUAAUAUAUUUAACCUUUGUUGUGACCAGAUCAGAAAAAGCAUAAUAAUUCUUUUUGAGAUUCUUGACAAUUUAAAGGUUGGAUGCUGUAAAAUACCUUCUGAUAAGGAGAGCUUGCAAUCCGUGUCUGAGAGAUUGUCUUGCUGUUACCAGAAAUUGUUAUCUACAGAAGAGAUGAUAGACCAUAUUGUAUUGAAUCCUGCAGGCAUAGAUGACUCUGAAGAUACUGUCAUGGAGGAAACAAUGUAUUUUGUCAAUUGGAUUGACCAAACAUUCGAACUUCUCAAUAGUCUAUCAACAGUUAUCUAUAGUGGCUCUAAAUUAUCCGAAGAGUUACACAAUAUAUUUAAAAUUGAUCUCAUAAAGCAUGUAACUGGAAUUCAUACGUGCAUUGAUGAACUGCUCCUUUCAGCUUUAACUCUUUGUAAAUACUGUUUACCGGCAGAUCAGCGUGUUGUGAAGGCGAGGUGUCAAGUGGUACUCCGAGAAACGAAAACUUUGUUUGGUGAAUUAAUAAUUGGCGACUUAGACUCCGUGUUUCAAGCAACUAAUGAAACUCUUCGAUUGCCGCUGUUACCUUCGAAUGUCAAUGUUCUGAUAGAUGUUUUAAAAGAUGUAUUGUAUGUACUAGAAACAAAUACAAACACAGCCCUACUGGCUUUGGUAUUACAUUGUUUUACAAAUAACAUAUCGCCAGUUGAUUUGUUGAAAGAACACUUUAGUAAGAAGGAAAAUGGAUUGUGUCCCUGUGGUGAAAGUGAAAACUGUGAGUUUGUAAAGGAGUUUGAUAUGUACAAUGAAAGAUUAAUGCAAAUAGGAUCCUUUGCCAUAUCGUGUUCAUCGGAUGCACAGAGAGUGCUGGGUCUUCGAAGUUGUCUUGCAAGCCUAGAAGCACUGGAUCCUCAUUUAGUUCCUGCCAUCAUGGUUUCACCGCACAGCUUCCACUCCACACUGCUACUUGACGUUUGGAAAAGAGAGGUUCAAGAUAUACGUGACAAUGUCUUCUUGAUUGUUGAUCCUGCUGCGUUUACACAAAGAGUAAAGCAAUUGCUGCAUGAAAAGUUGUUAGAUAUUGUUAAGGGCAAAGGAUACAACAAUUCUAAAGUAUGUGAAGUUAUUAAUAUCGGCAGCGCAGUUUAUGAGUUUUUCAAUGUGUACAAGACAACAGAACCCUUCGCUCUGAGCCAGCUGGAGAAGUUGGUGCCACUUGUUGAUGAUUUGAACAGAGUUCAAACCGAGUGCAAGAUUGUAAGCAACAUCUUAGCCAGCGAUAAUGAUUUUGUUUAUCCAACAAAGGAACCGUCCCAACAAUGUGCAACAUUCGAACAGCUUUUGAAGAGAUUGAAACUUUUGUAUACAAUUACAAACCGUAUAAAUACGUUACUCAGCCCAAAUGAUACUGAUGAGCAGUUCCUUGAAGAGCAGAGUGUGAUAAAAUGUGAAACCUAUACAGUCGACGACAUCAAGACAUGUUCUGUUAAGUCUCCAAAGAAAACGAUGAAUCUGACUAGAAGCAUAUUUGCGAGGACCGUGAAUAUACGUUCUUCUACAGCUAAGUUCCCUUUAGCCAUGCUGACAAAGAAUUUGAAAGUUCGUAAAGAUUUGAGUUUCUCCAUAAAAUUAGAUGAGCUGUGUGCUAACAACGUGUCUGGAAUUGUAAAGCGGAAUGCUUCAAUACUAUAUAAUACACCAAAUAAGAAUAGGGCAUCCCUGCGUAAGGCGGUUUUGAACCGACAUUGUUUCAAAUCUCUUGAAGUAGAAAAUCAUGAAAAUUGUCAAAAGGAUGAUGGUAAUUUAAGUGAUGAAACUGUUUCGGAUGAACUAAUCAGCCUGCAGAUUACAGAUGUUUUGAAUGAAAUAAACAAUCUAACUGCUACUAGGAAACCUGGACAGCUAAAUGUUACUUAUGGCGUGAAUACAAAAUUUAGUAGUUCAAGAUCGCGGAAUGGUGUGAACCUAAGCAGAGUUGAAAAUGUUCCAGUAAAUAAUGAAACUAUAACGAAAUGCGUUUUGAAUUCAACACUAAAUAGUGAUAUGAAUGCAAAUAGUGAUAUGUCUAAUGUUACUCAGCCGUCCAAUAUUGAUUCUAUAGAACGAAUAAUUGAUAUUAAUACAGUAACAAGUAAGAUAAGCGAUUUAAGAUGUAUCGAGUUUGAAACUAGUUUGUAAUAAUUAUUUAUGCUUUAUUGAGCUAAAUGAAAUGGUAUAUUUACAUUAGCUGCAGUUAAUUUUUUAAUUUAGUCUAUUUAUUAGAUGAUCUAUUUAAGCGGUACGAUUUUUCAGGUGGUAUAGGAUAUUUAAGAAAUUAAUUUUUAAAAUGAGGCAACCACAUAUAGUUCCCAAAAAUGAAAUGGUUCUCAAUGUUUCUUCUACAUUAACAUUACAAUAACACAAAUAGGUAACAUAAUUUACCAGUGGGAGGCUCCAUUGCACAGGAUGCCGUCACAACGGCGCCUAUUUCUGCCGUGAAGCAGUAAUGUGUAUGCAUUAUUGUGUUUCGGCCUGAAGGGCGCCGCUAGCUAGUGAAAUUACUGGGCAAAUGACUUAACAUCUUAUGUCUCAAGGUGACGAACGCAAUAGUAGUGCCGCUCAGAAUUUUUUGGUCUUUGAAGAAUCAUAAGCGGCACUGCGUUGUUAUGUCAGGUCAGGGUGUAUCAAUUACCGUCAGCUGAACGUCCUGCUCAUCUCGUCUUAAAAAAAAGUACACCAUACUUGGGCGGGACCGGACCUUUCAACAAAUAUAGUACAAAUCUAUAUAUAUCAUGUUAAUUUUUCAUAGGUAGGUCUAAGAAAAUCAAUUGGUUUUACUUAGUUAUGAAUACUGUAAUAUUAACUCCUUAGAAUGAGGUGUGUUACAAAGUAAUGCAAUCGAAUCAUUAGAGGUGAAAAGAAAAUAAUUAAGACUUAAUUUUUGUAUUCUUAAGUGCAAUAAAAAUCAACUUUUGCUCUAUGACUUUACAGUAAUCAGCAUAUUUUUUAUCGGAUUUUAAAAUGUAUUUCAUCAAUAGUCAAAGAGAAUAGACCAACAAUAACUCGGCCGCUAAGCUUUCACCUUGUACUGCGCAGCGGUCAAGUGACCUCUACUAUCAAAAUAACGUUUGAUGCGCGUUCAGUCUUCAUUCAGACACAGAACGUGUAACGCGAGACAUAAAGCGACAAAAUUUCCGAACUUUAGCAACUUUCCACCUUUGUGGUGUAAAAGUCGAACAGUAUAAUCACCGGGUAGAUCAUUUGACCUAGUUUACUAAAUAUAUAUAUAUAUAUAUUCAAACGUAUGUUACUGUUUAUGACGCUACCAAAUCAUGAAAGUUGCUGCAUCUCGGCAUUUAUACAACACAACUAUCAUGAAACCUGGUCGUAUAAUAAACAGUUCUAUCAUACCGCUUUUGGCGGCAUGCGAUGUGAUUGGUUAAUUUUGAUGGCAUCAUGGACGCCACGCCCAUGUCAUGUCCCCGUACUUCAUAGUAAUAGUGUGUAUUGUUGGUCUUAUAAUCUACUUAAAUGUCUAUAAUAGUCACAGAAGUAGAGAUAACGUAAUUAAGUUUGUGAUGUCAGUUAUUAUUAAAUAAUAUUCGUCCAACCUAUCAAAUGAGAAUGAAUAUGUCUUCCGAAAAUACGUAUUAAAAUAUUAAAAUAAUUGUUAACAAAAGACUGAUAAUUGGUUGUUCGAAAUCUUUAAAAAUAUUAUUUUGAAAUUAAACUACAGCCUACUAUGUCGUUUCCUACGUCUGUAGCUAGAAAGCUAAGGAAAUAGGAAAAGUUAUUACUGGAACAAACAGAUAUACUUAGUAUGGUUCUAGAGUUGUUUUCAAAUCGUACUCAAUAAGUUUUAUGAAAUGAAAUGAAAUAUAUAAUUUAUUGCACACCACAAAAUAAUUAAACAUAACAAAAAUCGAGACUACAAAAAGCAAUAGGCGGCCUUAUCGCUUAAGAGCGAUUUCUACCAGGCAACCUGUAAUGAAUUUUAUCUAAUCAUUUAAAAUCUCAUCUUAAUUGUUUUUGAUAUUUUAUAUUUAUAUUUUGGUGGAGGUAAUAAAUGUUUAAAACAU